CGCACUGACGAGCAUGAGUAUCAGAUCUCUGGUCAAGAGUGCAUCGUUCGAUUUUAUUUGGAAUUAUUAAUAAAUUCUGAUGAUGACUGCAGACGAGAUUAUCGGGACCAACUGGGUAUCCGGUCAUCCCACAGUCGACGAAGUUAGUAGUGCUAUGCAAAGUUUUGGGUACGUUGAUUACAUGGUUUUUAGUGUAAUGCUCGUUUCUUGUGGAGCCAUUGGAAUUUACUUUGGAUUCGUUAAAAAAUCAACGGGAGAAGACGAGUACUUGGUCGGUGGAAGAAAUAUGAAUACACUUCCGGUUAGUUUGAGUCUCAUUGCUAGUUUUAUUUCCGGAAUUUCCCUCCUCGGUACUCCCACUGAAAUUUACGUACAUGGGACAAGUUAUCUGUUCAUUGGAAUCGGUAUAAUUCUCGUGGGAUUCACCAUGUCCAGUAUUUAUCUCCCAGUCUUUCAAGAAUUGAGACUUACGAGCACUUACGAGUACCUCGAGAGAAGAUUCAAUAAGAAAGUGCGAUUGCUGGGGUCAGCACUCUUUACAGUCGGAAUUAUGACCUGGCUGCCAAUUGUCAUUUACGUCCCGGCAUUGGCAUUCAAUCAAGUAACCGGAGUCAAUGUUCACAUAGUCACUCCAUUCGUCUGCUUCGUGUGUAUUUUUUACACAUGUGUGGGAGGACUGCGCGCAGUUGUUUGGACCGAUUUUAUUCAGACAUUCAUUAUGUUCGGGGCUAUGCUGUUAAUUGUUGUAAAAGGCACAAUCGAUAUCGGGGGUCUUGGAGUCGUAAUUCAGAGGAAUCGAGACUCCGGACGCCUUGAACUUCCGGUUGCGGAUUUGAGUCCAUCAACCCGCCAUACACUCUGGGCACUCGUCAUCGGUGGAUUUAUUCACUGGUUACAAAGUGCUGCUAUUAAUCAGAAUAUGCUGCAACGUUACAUGUCGCUACCCAAUCUUAAAGAAGCCAAACGUGCACUGUGGGGAUUCAUCGUCGGGGCAAUGAUUCUCAUUGGCAUUUGCGGAUAUUCUGGUUUAUUAAUUUAUGCUUGGUACCACGACUGCGAUCCAUUGACAACUAAAUUAGCUGGUGCUAAAGACCAGUUGUUACCGCUAUUGGUGAUGGAUAUAUUAGGCAGCUUUCCAGGAUUACCCGGGCUGUUCGUCGCGGGAGUCUUCAGUGCCGCUUUAAGCUCAUUAUCCACGGGGCUCAAUUCUAUGGCUGCAGUAAUUCUAGAGGACUUCGUAAAACCCUGGAGAAAAAAUCCAUUCAGUGUCAGAGCAGCUGAUAUAUUAAUGAAACUAACAGUUGUUGUACUCGGAAUAAUCUGCGUGGGUCUUGUCUUCGUUGUGGAAAAAGCUGGCACUCACGUUCUCCAGCUUACGAUUACAAUGAGUGCAAUUCACAGCGGCCCUUCCUUAGGAAUAUUUAGCAUUGGAAUUCUAUUACCGUGGGUCAAUGCAAAAGGGGCAUUGAUCGGUGGUCUUUCUGGAUUGGGAUUCAUGGGAUGGGUGACAUUUUCAGCUCAAUCAGCAAUAGCCAAUGGACACAUAAUCUUUGAGGAGAAACCGGUAACCACAGAGGGCUGCAACUACUGGUUUCAGGAGGCAGAAAAUCUUUUGCUUCUGCCCCCAGAUUCUGUCUUCGGUGGCAACGAUAAGAGCAGAGGGGACCCCUGGGCGCUUUAUCGUCUGAGUUAUCUGUGGUAUACAGUCACUGGUGCUCUUGUAACUAUGAGUGUUGCCCUCGUAGUGAGUAUUUUUUCAUCUAGUCGAAUAGAAAAAAUCGAUCCAAUGCUCCUAGCUCCAUUCAUCCGUAAAUACCUCAAGACUGGAGAUGAUCUAGAAACCUGUCGCGUUCACAAUCCUCAAAGCGGGCAGACGCGCCUGGACGGACAUAUAAGUGAAACGGUGACGUAAUUGUCGAUGAAAAAACAUUGAUUGUAAAAAAAUAAA